AUGGAGCACGGCGUGGAGAUCUGCAGCGGUGUCACGGGGGCGUCUACAGGUACGACUUCUUCCAUAGCAGCGCCACAAGCAGAGGAAACAUCCGGUAUUUCGACUGAAGAAGAGGACCUUCUGGAACGACAUCAAAGGAAAUCCCCAGCCACCUACCAACCCUCACCACCUCCUCCACCAUCAUCAAUGGAGAAUUCUGUCUCCCUUAACAAACCUUUUCCGCCACCACCCCCUACGUCACUCACCCCUCACCCACUCACUUCUUUGCCAACCACCUCCACUCUGCAUUCUAUUCAAACCCCACUUUCCUCACCCACCCCUCCUGUUCCCGCCACCCAAACCCCAUCACAACCCCCCUUAUCUUUCAAAGAUACCCUGAAUGGUGUUGGUUCUUCUCAACCCAACCUAUCUAUGGACCAUAGUUUUAAAUCGUGGCGCAAUUCGUGGGCAAAGGCAAAGGCCUAG